AGCAACUCGCCCAUCAUUACUUUGUACACUCAACAAGACAUCCAAAAGUCGAUAAAAAACUCCAUUUGCCAUCCAACCGCCUAAAGAGCUAAACACUCGCACAAUCACAAUGUCUGGACUGAAGCCCAUCAAGGUCUGGACCUACGGCCAGGGUCCCAACCCCCUCAAGGUCCUCAUCGCCCUCGAGGAGCUCAACAUCCCCUACGAGUCCAUCGCCAUCGAGAACCCCAAGGCCGCGUCCUUCACCAAGAUCAACCCCAACGGCCGCCUGCCCGCCAUACAGGACCCCAACAACGGCGACCUGAUCCUGUGGGAGUCGGGCGCCAUCCUCGAGUACCUCGUCGAGAGCUACGACAAGGCGCACAAGCUCACCUCCACGGCCGGCCAGGACAAGUGGCUGCUGAAGCAGUACCUGCACUUCCAAAUGUCCGGCCAGGGCCCCUACUUUGGCCAGGCCGUGUGGUUCCGCAAGUUCCACCCCGAGGACCUCCCCAGCGCCAAGAAGCGCUACGACGAGCAGGUGGUGCGCGUCUUUGGAGUGCUCGAUGCCAUUCUCGAGGGCAAGCAGUACCUCGUCGGCGACAAGUUCACGUACGCCGACCUGGCUUUCAUCCCUUGGGACUCUAUCGCCCAUGGCUUCCUCACCGACGUGUGGACCGAGCACGAGGUCGACAAGAAGUACCCCAACUUUGUCGCGUGGCACAAGCGCAUCACGGAGCGCGACUCGGUCAAGAAGGUAUACGGCUUGUAG